AUGUCUGUCACAGCGCAUACCAAGACCGAUCAGGAUCUCAAUAUCAGCAUUAAGAAGGCGACGAGUCCCGAAGAGACAGCUCCUAAACGCAAGCAUGUCCGAAGCUGUAUUGUUUAUACCUGGGACCAUCGGUCUUCGCAUGCCUUUUGGUCCGGGAUGAAAGUCCAACCCAUCCUCGCUGAUGAGGUCCAGACCUUCAAAGCUCUCAUCACCGUCCACAAGGUACUUCAAGAGGGUCAUCCCAACACUCUCAAGGAAGCCAUGGCCAAUCGCGCUUGGUUAGAUAGCCUCAACCGCGGCGUUUCAGGGGAUGGCGUUCGAGGAUACGGCCAGCUUAUCCGCGAUUACGUCAACUACUUGCUCGCCAAGCUUUCCUUCCACCGCCAGCACCCCGAAUUCAAUGGCACCUUCGAGUAUGAGGAGUACCUUAGUCUGAAGGCGAUCAACGACCCGAACGAGGGCUACGAGACCAUUACCGACCUGAUGACAUUGCAAGACCGAAUCGAGCAGUUCCAGAAGCUCAUCUUCUCGCACUUCCGUCACGUGGGAAACAACGAAUGCCGCAUCUCGGCGCUGGUACCUCUCGUACAGGAGAGUUACGGUAUCUACAAGUUUAUCACUAGCAUGCUAAGAGCCAUGCAUUCAUCUACCGGCGACGAGGAGGCACUCGAACCUCUCCGCGAGCGAUACGGUGCCCAGCAUUACCGACUUAAGUCGAGAGGGCCCUCCCCGACCCCGGCACCGAAGGAUGAUGCGCCGGAUGAGAUCAACGAGUUCUGGAAGAAUGAGCUAGACCGCCAAAACCGCGAAUACGAGGAGCAACAGCGCAUACUUCAGGAGAAGCAGCAGCAGGCCGUGAUGGCGCAACAGCAGGCACAGCUUCAGGCUCAGCGUGAUUUUGAAGACCAGCAGCGAAAACUUGCGGAACAACAACGUCUCGAGCAGGAGCGUCUCCUCCAGCAGCAAGCGCAGUGGCAAACCCAGGGUCGCCUCGCUGAGCUUGAGCGCGAAAACCUCAACGCCAGAGCGCAAUACGAGCGUGACCAACUCAUGCUACAGCAGUACGACCAGCGGGUCAAGGCUCUCGAGAGCGAGCUCGGUGCCAUCCAGGCCAACUAUGGCCAGCAGAUCACCAGCAGGGACGAGCAGAUCCGCGCUCUCCAGGACCAGGUCAACACUUGGCGAUCCAAGUACGAGGCGCUCGCGAAGCUCUACUCACAACUUCGCCACGAACAUCUCGAUCUGCUUCAAAAGUUCAAGUCCGUCCAGCUCAAGGCGGCCAGUGCGCAGGAGGCAAUUGACAAGCGGGAGAAGUUGGAACGCGAAAUUAAGACGAAGAAUCUAGAGCUAGCGGACAUGAUUCGCGAGCGUGACCGCGCGCUGCACGAAAAAGACCGGCUCAACGGCUCAAACAAGGAUGAGGUGGAGAAGCUCAAGCGCGAGCUGCGCAUGGCUCUCGACCGCGCAGACAAUCUCGAGCGAGCGAAGGGCAACGAGCUGUCGGCGAUGCUGUCCAAGUACAACCGCGAGGUGGCGGAUCUUGAGGAGGCCCUCCGCAAUAAGUCACGCGCGCUCGAGGAUGCGCAGAACAAGAUGCGCGAUGGCAGCUCAGACCUCGAGCAGCUGUUGCGAGAGAAGGAGGAGGAACUCGAGGUGUACAAGGCAGGCAUGGAUCAGACCCUCCUGGAACUCAAUGAGCUUAGGCAAAACCACGGAGAGACGGAUCACGCGUUGGAUGGGGAGAUUGAUGCCAUCAUCCUGGCCAAUCUCGACAAGAUCAACGACAUUAUUGACUCUGUGCUGCAGUCCGCGGUAGUCAGGGUGGACGAGGCGCUGUAUGAGCUGGACUCGACGAUGCAGGCGGGUAACCAGAACGCAUCGCCGACCUUUGUGCUCUCGCAAAUUGAGAAGUCGUCGGCCAGUGCGAUGGAAUUCGCGACGGCGUUCAACAACUUUAUCGCGGAUGGCCCCAACGCGACGCAUGGAGAGCUCAUCAAGUCGAUCAACGUGUUCGGGGCUCCAUCGCGGAUGUGUGCAGCAACACCAAGGUCGGCACAGGCGACGGUCCGAUUUUUCCGGGCAGUACAGAGCUUCCGCCUAGAUGGCAUGGACCCGAUCCAGAAGACAGACGUAGUUAUUAACAACAACAACGAUGUGCAGAUGAACCUGCAGAAGCUGAACAAGUUGGUGGAGACGUUUGCGCCGACGUUUGGAAAGCUCGUGGGCAAGGGAGACCUCGGUGACCUUGUGGACUCGGAGCUGUCCAAGGCGGCAGACGCGAUCGCGGCGGCGGCGGCGCGACUAGCCAAGCUGCGCAACAAGCCGCGGGACGGAUACUCGACGUACGAGCUCAAGGUCCACGACUCGAUCCUGGACGCGGCAACGGCUAUCACGACAGCAAUUGGUCGGUUGAUUAAGGCGGCCGCCAUGACGCAGCAAGAAAUUGUGCAGGCGGGUCGGGGCUCGUCCUCACGCACGGCGUUUUACAAGAAGAACAACAGAUGGACGCAGGGACUGAUUUCAGCCGCCAAGGCAGUAGCUUCCCCAGAGCAACUCAUUGUCGCGUCCAACGACGUGGCGGCCUCGACGGCGCAGUUAGUGGCGGCCAGCCGCGUCAAGGCAGGCUUCAUGAGCAAGAGCCAGGAGGAGUUGGAGCAGGCCAGCAAGGCAGUCGGGGCGGCGUGCAGGGCGCUCGUCCGACAGGUACAGGCCAUUAUCAAGGAGAGAAACCAGGAAGGGGAGGAAAGGGUCGAUUACUCCACGCUCGGCGCGCACGAGUUCAAGGUGCGGGAGAUGGAACAGCAGGUCGAGAUUCUCCAACUCGAAAAUGCGCUCUCCGCGGCCCGCACCCGACUCGGCGAGAUGCGCAAAAUCUCAUACCAGGAGGAGUAG